UUAAAUGAGAGGAAAAAAACCUGCGCAAGUCACACUGAUAAAUAAUGGAUCCAGCGAGGGGGGAUGAACGCGAGCACGCCGCCAUCACGCUGGGAACCGGACAGCAGUUUAAACAGACAGAAAGAGCCGCGAGAAGAAAGUCAACAUACGUGAAAAUCCUCUUUGGGGUCCUUCUACUCUGCUUACUGGCUUUAAUUCUCACAAUCAUAUUUCUACUGAAACUCCGCUGCACUGAGAAAGUUAGCAGCUGUAAGAACCGCUGCACAUCCAAAAGUCAUGAUGCUAAUUCAGCGUGCCACUGUGACUCGUUCUGUGUGAAUAAAGGCACCUGCUGUCUGGACUAUGAGGAAGUGUGUGUGGAACCAAGUCAACACUGGACUUGCUCGAAAUUCCGCUGUGGCGAGGAGCGCUUGACAAACAGCCUCUGUUCCUGCUCUGCAGACUGUGUCAAAGUGGGUGACUGUUGUUCAAACUACAAGAGCACAUGUGAAGGUGCAAAAACAUGGCUUGAAGAGGACUGUGAGGACAUCAGGACUCCUCAGUGUCCCGCUGGGUUUUCUAAACCACCACUGCUCCUGGUGUCUAUGGAUGGAUUCAGGGCAGGAUACAUGAAUGCGUACUGCAGCCUUCUUCCCAUCAUCAACAAACUCAGUAAAUGUGGGACCUCCACGCCAUAUAUGCGACCUACUUAUCCUACCAAGACCUUCCCAAAUCAUUACACCAUUGUGACAGGUCUAUAUCCAGAAUGCCAUGGCAUUGUGGACAAUAAUAUGUAUGAUGUCACUCGCAAUGCCUCUUUCAGUUUGAAAGCAGAAGAGAAAUUCAAUCCUUCAUGGUACCAGGGUGAACCAGUUUGGCUCACAGCCAUGAAACACAAACUUAAAACAGCAACUUUCUUCUGGCCUGGAUCAGAUGUGAAAGUGAAUGGAAAAUACCCCAAUUUCUGGAGGGAGUUUGACAGAAACAUCCCAUUUGAAAAGAGGGUGGCAACAAUUUUGGAAUGGUUGAGAUUACCUGAAGGAGAAAGGCCAGACUUUUACACCUUAUACCUUGAAGAGCCUGACUCUGCUGGCCAUAAAUUCGGACCCAUGAGUAGCCAGGUGAUUGAGGCUUUGCAGAAGGUUGACAGGAUGAUUGGGCUGUUAAUGGAAGGUCUCAAGGAGAGACAGUUGGACAAAUGUGUCAACCUGAUUCUACUCUCUGACCACGGGAUGGAAGAAGCAUCAUGUGAGAAAAUUGCAUAUGUCUCCAGAUAUCUGGAAAACAUUGAUGACAUCACCGUCAUCCAGGGCCCUGCAGCCAGAGUCCGGCCCAGGCGUUUGCCUGAUGAAUUCUUUUCCUUCGAUUAUGAAGGUCUGGUGAAGAACCUUUCGUGUGUGAAAUUUGAUCAGCCAAUGAGACCCUAUCUUAAGGAGCACCUGCCCAAAAGACUUCACUUUGCGAAAAGUAUACGUAUCGAGAGAGCACAUCUCUAUAUGCAGCCUCAGUGGCAAGCAGCAUUGCAACCAAGUAACAACACUAACUGCAGAGGUGGCUUUCAUGGCUCAGAUAAUGUCUUCAAGAACAUGCAGACCAUUUUUAUCGGAUAUGGACCUGGUUUGCAUUACAAAACUACCGUGGCUCCCUUUGAGAACAUCGAAGUCUAUAACCUCCUAUGUGAUUUGCUGGGUAUUCCUCCUGCCCCCAAUAACGGCACCCAUGGCAGUUUAAACCACCUACUGAAGAACCCACCGCACCAGCCGGUGUACCCUGCAGAGCGCUCUGCACCAUCCACAUGUACCUCUGUCAGUGUGUACCUACCCCUCGGCUGCACCUGUGACUCUCUCACUGAGGCCGAGGUGAACCGUUUCAACCAACGACUCAUUGACUCAGAUUCAAAUUCAAAUGUGAAACAUCUUCAUUUGCCAUUUGGAAUCCCACGUGUUCUUCAAGAGAAGUCAGAUUACUGUAUUCUCCUCCACACUGCGUACAUCAGCGGAUACAGCAGAGACAUCCUGAUGCCCCUUUGGGUCUCAUACUCUUUGAAUGCAAUGGUCAGCAUGCUGCCGUCAGUAGACACAUGCGUGCGAGCAGAUAUGCGUGUGCAGGCUAGCGCAAGACAGUCCUGCGCUUUCUAUAAGAACAAUUCCAUCUUGACCUUUGGCCUUCUGCAUCCACCCAGCUUCAGUCCUACAGGAACCGAGUCAGACUCAUUAAUUACAAGCAACAUGGUACCCAUGUUUCCCGCUUUCAAAGAUAUUUGGAAUCACUUCCACAAUGUUUUGCUGGAAAAGUAUGCACAAGACCUGAAUGGCGUCAAUGUUGUGAGUGGACCAAUAUUCGAUAAAGACUUUGAUGGGAUCUAUGACUUCAUAAACAAGGGAACCCCGAAUGGGGCAUCUAUCCCUACACAUUUCUUUGUGAUUAUUACAAGUUGUAAGAACUCUUCCUGGCCAGUCCUGCGCUGUGACGGCCCUCUGGAUGCUCUGUCUUUCAUUCUUCCACAUCGUCCUGAUCAUCUGGAAACAUGUCAUAAUGGCACAAGUUACUCAUGGGUCCAGGAGUGGCUUCAGCUUCAUGUGGCGAGAAUCCGAGACAUUGAGCUUCUGACGGGUUUGAGCUUUUACCACGACCGGAUUUCUGUUGCUGAAACGGUACAACUCAAGACCAUGCUCAGAACAUUUUAGAGUGUUUUGAAGCCAACGAGGACUCUAUUUUAUCUUUCUGCAGGCCAUGAACCGAACAUUCACAAUUAAUUUUUUCAGAUUUCCAACGCAGCUGUGCUUUACCAGACUCUUUACCAGAUCAGAGUCUUUGAUCUCCCAAAAUGGAAAAAUUCUAAGUUUUAAUGUCUCUGCUUUAAUGAUGCUUUAUCCUCCUCUGAGAUCUAUUUAUAAGUGGGGAAGUUUUGAAAUGGGAACUGUAGCCCACAGUCAUGGUUAACUCAUAUUUGGCAUAUGUAAUGAAACUCUUGCCUGUUUUUCAGCACAAAUAUGUAAAAAUUUGGCUGAAUGUGGCUGAAUGCAAGAUCAAGUGCAACCACAAAGAGAAUCCAGGCUGAGGAAGAAACUGUCAGAGUUUUUGUUCCACUGUCAGCUGCUGCAUUGGCAGUAUGAUUAAAAUAUGGGCAUAUGGGUAGGCUAAAUCCCUGUUUGUAUUUUAAUUUAACAUUAGCCUCUACCACAUUUCCUUUUAUUUCCUUUUUGUAUCCUUAUUAUAAAUAAUAAUCAAAUAAAAUUGUACAGCCCCAUCAACCUCUGUUUUUGAAAAACACAUUUAUAAACAGCCGUCAGAAUAAA